AUGAGUCUCUUCGGCUUGGGAAGCAACAGGAACCAAAGGACAUUUAGGCCCAAGAAGAAUGCACCAUCUGGUAAUAAGGGCGUACAGUUGAAGAAACACAUUGAUGCGACAUUAGGAAAUGGUAAUUUGAGAGAUGCUGUACGGUUGCCUCCUGGAGAGGAUCUCAAUGAAUGGCUAGCUGUUAAUACUGUUGAUUUCUUCAAUCAGGUGAACAUACUAUAUGGCACUCUAAUGGAGUUCUGCACGCCUUCCACAUGCCCAACGAUGACUGCCGGAUCGAAGUUUGAGUAUAGAUGGGCCGACGGAGUGCAGAUCAAGAAACCUAUUGAGGUUUCGGCACCAAAAUAUGUGGAGUAUUUGAUGGACUGGAUUGAGGUCCAGCUUGAUGAUGAGUCCAUAUUCCCUCAAAAACUUGGAACACCUUUCCCACAAAAUUUUCGAGAUGUUGUGAAGACAAUAUUCAAGCGCCUUUUUCGUGUUUACGCUCAUAUUUACCACACUCAUUUUCAGAAAAUUGUGAGCCUCAAGGAAGAAGCCCAUCUUAACACAUGCUUCAAGCAUUUUACAUUGUUCACCUGCGAGUUCAAAUUGAUCGACAAGGCUGAACUUGCACCACUUAUUGAUCUUAUUGAAUCGAUCGUGACCGUUUGCUAA